AUGUCGCAAUCACCUCCUAACCCGCCGGCGGAGGAUGAGCCUCUGUAUGGAGGCUUCUCUCGCUUUGAGGUCGAACUCGAGUUUGUCCAGUCGCUUGCGAAUCCGUUUUAUUUGAACCAUCUCGCAUCUCAGAAGCUCCUCUCAGACCCGGCAUUCAUCGAAUAUCUCAAAUACCUGCAGUACUGGAACCAACCGCCAUAUCUGCGUUACCUCACAUAUCCCGGCCCGACGCUCAAGCAUCUUGAACUCCUCCAACAAGAACGUUUCCGACAGGAAAUCAUCAGUCCCGAGCUCGUCCAAGUUCUUGCCUCCGAAGGGCAGAAAGCGAGCAUUGACUGGCAUAGAGAAGAAAAAGAGUGA